AUGGAAUACCUCGAAUACUACAAACUGAUAACGGUCCACCAUUCAAUGGUGAACAAUUCCAAGCCUUUGCUGAAGAAAUGGGAUUUCAUCACAAGCGAUCGAGUAACACUAAUAAAUCCGAAGGCGCAGGGCCAAGUGGAAAAUUUCAAUAAGCUGAUCAACAAAACAACAAAGAUUGCCUGUGAAGAAGGAAUUGAAAUCGAGAGUGCAAUAUAUGAUAUGUUACAAGCAUACAGACAGACACCCCAUCCGGCAACAAAGUCAACGCCGUACGAGGUUUUGAUGCACCGUCAAGUUCAAACACGAUUGGAACAUUUUCCCACCGAAGUUCACAUCACCCAAGAUGAGAUCAAGAAGAAUGACAAAACCUACAAACAGAAAUGUAAGCAGUACCACGAUGAACGUCACAGAGUGAAAACACAUACAAUCAAGUGCGGUCAUGCAGUUUUGAUAAAGAGAGAGAAGAAAAGGAAGAUACAUACACCGUACGAGCCGUACAUAUACGUUGUGACAAGCAUAAAAGAGGAUCAACCAUCCGUGCGAGACGUGUAAAGGAUGGAAAAGUUAAGUGCAGAGAUGCAUCGAAGGUUAAACCACUUAGAACAGCUCAAUUGUCAAAAGCCAACGAUGAAACGGCGAGUGUAAAAGUACCAAGCAGCUACCAAGCCACAACAUCCAGGACGACAUCUCAGGACACAGACGGCAGCAACAUCCAGGACACAACAAGUGAGACUAUAGACACAACAAGUGAGACAACAGCCACAACAAGUGAGACAACAGCUACAACAAGUGAGAACAAUUUGUGA